AUGUCAUUCCUUGUGGGAAGGCAGUUGGCUUGGGCCAUCACUGCCACUGCCGGUAGUGGUUUCUUGCUGUUUGGCUAUGAUCAGGGUGUUAUGUCCGGUCUAUUGACGGGGGAUGCAUUCACCGCAACAUUUCCUGAAAUCAACACUACUAAGACUGGGCAUGGCAGCUCGUCCCUCCAGGGAACAGUUGUUGCCAUCUACGAGAUACCUCAGAUGCUAAUGAAUCAGGGAUGUUUUCUUGGGGCUAUCAUGUCUUUGUUUAUUGGUGAGAGACUUGGUCGCCGCAAGUGCAUCAUGGCUGGAUGUGUGAUUUUGAGUAUCGGUGCUGCUCUCCAGUGUAGUGCCUUCAGCAUCCCUCAUCUUAUUGUCGGUCGUAUUAUUGCUGGAGUUGGUAACGGUCUCAACACCAGUACUAUCCCUGUCUGGCAUUCGGAGUUGAGUAAGGCUGCGAGUCGUGGAAAGGGGUUGGCCAUUGAGCUAGCUAUCAAUAUCUUUGGUGUUAUGCUUUCGUACUGGGUUGACUACGGUUUCUCGUAUAACACGAGUGAAGCCCAGUUCCGCUUCCCUAUCGCACUGCAGAUCGUCUUUGCUAUCCUAACAUUCAUCGGUGUUGUCUUCCUACCUGAAUCUCCUCGAUGGCUUAUCAAACAUGGAAACGAAGACAAGGCUCGCCAUAUUAUUUGGAGCUUGCAGGAUAAUGCCAGAGAGAUUGACGAGAACGAUGCUGUCGUUAGUCUCGACGUGCAGGAAAUUUCUCAAGCCAUUCGAGAUGAGCAGGCAGCCUCGACUGAGGGAUCUUUCAAGCUGAUCUUCCAGAAUGGGCAACAGCGCUUUUUCUACCGAACACUUUUGGGUAUGGGGGGGCAAAUGAUGCAGCAAGUGUCGGGAAUCAACCUGAUCACAUAUUAUGCAACUGUGAUCUUCGAGGAGUCCGUCGGAAUGGAUCACAACACGGCACUCCUGCUGGCCGGAUUUAACGGAGUCGCAUAUUUCUUCUCCUCCUUGAUUCCUAUCUGGGUCAUCGACCGACUCGGUCGUCGUAAACUCAUGAUGUUCGCCGUUACUGGUCAAGGCGCCUGCAUGGCGAUCCUGGCGGGAACAGUAUGGGACGGCGGACAUGCGGCUGGCUUAGUUGCAACAGUCAUGCUAUUCCUGUUCAACUUCUUCUUUGCAGUUGGCCUCCUCGCUAUUCCAUGGCUCCUGCCCGCCGAGUACUCGCCACUUGCGAUUCGAACUCGAUCGGCGGCUCUCGCGACUGCAACCAACUGGAUCUUUACAUUUUUGGUUGUGGAAAUCACUCCCGUUAGUAUUUCUAACAUUGGCUAUCGAACCUAUAUCUACUUUGCCGUCUUCAACUUUUGCUUCCUUCCUCUCAUUUACUUCUUCUACCCGGAGGCACGCAACCUCACCCUAGAGCAGAUCGAUCAUCUUUUCACGGGAGAAAAGGUCAAACUGUAUUGGCAUCCGUCCAUGGGCAUGGCUGGCGACGCAGAUGCGCGAAUCGCUCAGGGCAAAGAUCUUGAGAGCGUGAAUGCUCAACACGUCGAGUAG